AGUCCGUCUAUCUUCGCCCACAAAUUAAACCGGAAAAAAAUAAGACAGGGAAACGAAAACAAGAGAGCAGGGAACCCUAGGAUUUGGAGGAACAAGCAAAAUUCCCAUUAACCAGCACCCGAAAACCCUAAUUAAUUCCUUCCUUCCUUCAACUAAGACCCAAUAAACUGCAUUAUUAUCAUUAUCUAAUUUUGUAGACAGAUAGAGAUUGUGAAUGGAGGCAAUACCGCACCCAAUACCGCGAACUGUUGAAGAAGUUUUUAGUGAUUUUAAAGGAAGACGCUCUGGUUUAAUCAAGGCUCUCACUACCGAUGUUGAGAAGUUUUACCAGCAGUGUGACCCUGAUAAGGAGAACUUGUGCCUAUAUGGACUCCCAAAUGAAACAUGGGAAGUUAAUCUGCCUGUGGAGGAGGUGCCUCCUGAGCUUCCUGAGCCUGCACUAGGUAUAAAUUUUGCUAGGGAUGGGAUGCAAGAGAAAGACUGGUUAUCCCUUGUUGCAGUUCACAGCGAUUCAUGGUUGCUUGCUGUUGCAUUUUAUUUUGGUGCACGUUUUGGGUUUGGGAAGAAUGAAAGGAAGAGGCUUUUCCAGAUGAUAAAUGAGCUCCCUACAAUAUUCGAGGUUGUGUCCGGAAAUGUUAAGCAACCUAAGGACCAAUCUGCCACUCACAACAACAGUGGCAAAAGCAAAUCAAGCGGGAAGAUGCAAUCCCGGCAACCUGAGUCCCAGACUAAGGCAGUAAAGGUAUCUGCACCACCCAAGGAAGACUAUGAGAGUGGGGAAGAGGAAGAAGAAGAUGACGAACAGGGUGCUACUUGCGGAGCAUGUGGUGAAAGCUAUGGCACUGAUGAAUUCUGGAUUUGCUGUGAUAUUUGCGAGAAAUGGUUCCAUGGGAAAUGCGUCAAGAUUACACCUGCCAAAGCUGAGCAUAUCAAGCAGUACAAGUGCCCAAGUUGCAGUGGCAAGAGGGCUAGAGUUUAAAGUUAGAUGCUGAAGUCGAAGAUGGACAUCACUUAAACAAAGCAGACAAGGGGUAGAACUUUUUCUUUAACGUUUUAAAGUUGAUCAGAGCCAGUUGCCUACUUUAGUCAAUGAAUUCGAAUGACUGCAGAUUGGAUUUUUAAGUUUGGCUACUCAUGGUUCCUUCUGUCAAUCUUUCUUGGGAAUUGUGUUUCUGAAUAGCCGGUGGCAACUAUAGCUAUUCUAUUUAUAUGUUGCUGCAUUUUUUUGGUU